GUAGGUUCUAGUUUGUUGGUGAAGACUUAAGCGAUGCACUAGCAGUUCCAGCGGAAAUGCGAUGGUUCUACGCCGCUUGCACAGCAAGAGAGUCGUGAUUGUGCUAACGUCAAUUCGUCUUAAUCUCGGACAAGUGUUUUUUUCAAACUCAUAUUUCCACGUCAAAAAUGCGUUAAUUUUUUCGUUGCGCAUUUAUUGCACCGGCGGCGCGGUCUGACAUUUUCUUCGUGCUGUGGAAACAAAGUGGAAUUGCGUGGCGGGAAAGCUGUGGUUUACCCGCAUGUAGUGGCGGCGCACUUAGACCAGACGGAAUCGAAUUUCCGCUAGUGCCAGUGUCUUAGAACAACCUGCACGACGGGAGCCAGUCUUCGCUUCACGAGACCAUCGCAGGAGGCCGCGGGAGUGUAGUUUUUCUGUAUAAUAUUAAGCCGAAAAAUAAAAACAUAAAGCUCGCCGCUGUGGCUGCAACGGAGGUACUGACACCAAUCUUCAGGACCAGGAAAAAUAAGUAGAACCGGGUAGAACUACAAACACGUACGGUAGUGAAGAUCAUGAAAACUACGCCAGCGCGAAAGCGCGCGCGGUGGAGAGCAGUUCCGUCAGAGCUGGUGUCGGCGCAGCCAACGGUAACAUUAUCUUCAUCGGAAACAUCAAGAAUCGCGACCACAGCUUCUCCCGCACGAAUAAAAAUGCGACCUUUAUUCCCCUUCACAACCCUGCUGUCGUUCCUGGUCUUGGUUUUGCCUUUUCUCCCCGAAACUGCCCACGCGAUUUUCUGCCGGCAAUUCAAGCACGUGGAGGAUCUUGGGCAGGUCGGCACCGAUUUGCAACGGUCGAUGUACUGCGGGGAGGAGGUCUAUUCGUGCGUGUUGUUCCGCGGCACUUACCUGCUUCGCGGACACCCGGUCAAAAACUUCACGAAGUAUUUUUGGGAUGGCGGCUGCGGAAUACGCCCGCAAGACCGGCUGUACGAUAGCAGGUACAAUAGAAUAUCAACGUGAUAAGUUGUUACAUUGUUCGAUAUUAGACGACCUUGCGACACAAGAUUUAUUCUUCCGAGAACAAAACUUAGAUUGGCCCAAGAAGCUGAAAUAAACACAAACAGGAUAAAUCCGCCGUCCAACGGUGAAAACCACAUGAUGCGGUUUUCCUGCAACGGAACCAACCUCGCCCUGGAACCCAACCUGUACUAUGGCGACUCUACGCCUUGCCCGGAGGAGAAAGUCAUCAUCGUCAACAACACGGUCUUGGAGGGCGUCAUUUACGGGCCGAACGGCACGAUUCUGAACGUCACGACGACGAGUACCUCGACUGCGCCUCCGCUCGAGGACACGGAAACUACGACCAAACCGCCGUUCACCUACGAGGUGGGGCCGCCGAAUAUGGGGAUGGACUACCUCACAGCUACCUUCGACAACCGGUUCUACCCCAUACCCAGGCAGGGACCCAACCACAUGACCUACUGCGUAUUUAUUUUCGUGGUUUCGCGAUGUUCAUUUUCCCAGCCGUGUAGUUCGUUUUGCUUUUGAAUUUCUUGACAUCGAAAGCUACGACCGUAAGUGCUUGUUUCUAUGAAAACCACAAACCACUCCAGGUCUGGAGCGACCCCGAAGCUACAUUAGCCGCUCUGAUUGCGUCCAUGCAGGAGCUAUGCAAUGCAAAAGUAUCGUAGUGGUCGCAGUAGGUGCUUAUAUGCAUGACAAAACUGCUUGCUGACCACCUGAAUCUGCAGGAGAAACGUCGUAAUUUCUUCCUGAAAAGAGUUGUGAUGCGACUUCUAAUUCUACUAGUUGCGAUAUUUUUGCAAUGCAUAGGAGCCGAAGGGGAACGACUCCAAUAUGACGGACGAAUUGGACUUGUCCGACCAGAACGCAACCGACAAUGCCACCAACGAUAUCCUGAGCAAAAGCGUUUCCACCGCGGUAGAGUUGUCAUGCAGAUUUGCAGUUUCAGAUAUGAAACGUUUGUAAAUGCGGAUGCGCAUCAUGAUCCCCAUGAGAACAGCGAUCCCAAUCGUGUUUUGAAUUUGUGAUGCUGUCAGCUACAGGAUGAGGAAUUGGCUUUGUGAUGCGGGUGUCCUUCUUGUUAGCCUGCACUACAGUUGUACAGCAUGCGUGGCUUCGAAAGCUUCUGCAUUUGUGUUGCUAAGUUGUUCCCAACUUGACUCUUGCGUGGGGACGUUUUUGCUCAGGAUAAACGACACGGACACCCUCUCGGCGUUCGGGUUCGCCACGGGGCCCCGGAGGGAACCCAACCUGCGGCUCGACGAGGCCGAGAUUGGUGCCCCGCCGAAGGACGCGGAGACACCGUAUGUCCUCGGACGGUACAUCGCGUCAGAGGAUCCCGCUGGCGAGUCCUGGCGCGAGUAUGGCUACUUGGCGUACGGGAGCAACGACUUGCUUCCGGCAAGAAAUUCCCUGGUCCGGUCGCUGGAACAGGAGGAGGAUGCUACAACAACUCCUGCGUCGUCGGAAGAGAGCAGCUCCACGGGCGGUGGACGGAGUACGCGGAGCGUCCGUGGGACGACGCCUGGUGGGACGUCGAGAGGCUUUUCCACCGCAUCCUCCGAGGAAAGCGAAGUAGAACGCACAACGACGUCGAGAAGUUCUGGUUCUGCAGAAUCGGAAUUUGUUUCUUCAUCGUCGCCCUCUAGUGCAGCUGCUGUUGUUCCAAAGGGGUUCAAGGAACUGAGGAGCACCCACGACCUGACGCGGGUGCUGACCCUGCCGGUACCGAUGGAGCUGCGGAACUACGUGAAGCCAACGAUUGAGGAGAUCCGGCGGCAGGAGGAGAAAAAACGCCAAAGGGAAGCGGCGCGGCAAGAACUUCUGGCGAAAAAAGAAAAAGACGAAAGCGAAGCCAAUAUCGGGCGGAUCCCACCGGAACUCCUCAGGAUAGAAAACGCGAACAGCAAAGAGCAGGACGAAGCCACCACCUUGCCUCCGGUCCAGCCGGUCGGAGGUGGUGGGGUGUUAGACUACUUGCAUGGGGUGGACGAUGCGGGCAACAACGACAACAACCCUGGUAAUCAAGACUCGGAGCACGCCGACGUACCAGAGCCGGAUAGCGCCAUUCUGCUGAUGCAGCCCGACGGGGAGAAUCACCAAGUGACAGCAGCAUCAUCUUCCGGGCAACAAGAUGAGUUUCAAGAUGAAAAGAAUCGCCAGAAAAAUUAUCUCCAAGACAACGAAAAUGUUGAACCAAGACGCGAACAACAACACCGCUUCCGCCAAGAAAGCGGCGCGAGGAGGGAUCAUCGGAAAAAGCACACCAGCAUCCGGAGUGGCGAAGGGGCCACGGCGUCCUGGGAUGUUGAUGAAAAUAGCAAUCUAGUACCGCCAGGUGUAGCACAGGCUUUAGUACACGGAGGGACGGAAGACAGAACGUCGAUUGACAAGACCACCUCCCCGGACAACAUCCUUGCUAAUGCAGAGGCGGAGAGGAUGCGGCUGCUCGCGGAAGCACAGGUUCUGCUGGAUCCAACCCCGGAAAAGUACUAUAACGCGACGGAGGACCGGUUUGAUCCGGACUGGGCGACGGACAUUUUGUGCACGGUGGUGUCAAAUGCCACGUAUUUUUACAACUACCCACCCGUGGAGGAGCAGUGCGGGGACGGCCUCACGCUACCGAUACGGGCUCGGGACUUCGCGCACAAAGACACCUACUUCUUCAAUAUAUCCCGGUAAGUACUUAUUGUAGAUACAGAUCUGCUGGUGCAGCUCAGUGUCCGUUGUGCAGCAGCCCGUCGUAGUUGCGUAGUUUAGGAAUUUCUUUUGCGUGAUGUCGAAUGUUGAUAUUGCUGUAGCAUUUUUUUUGUUUCACAAAAAACAGGACCCUCGUUGAGUAUCCGUAUUCGCAGUACGACCUUCCGCCGGAGCGCAACGUGGUGAAGCAGUUUGGCUGUCUGAGUCCGCCGCAGUCGAUCCCCCUGUGCUUCGAGCGUGCUAUCCCCGAGAAGAAAGCUACUUAGCGUUAGCAUACCACAUUUGUAAUGUCAGAAUGAAUACAUAAGCAUGGCCGAAGCGCCAUGCCAUAGGCCUGCGCAUGACAGAUUUGCAUGCCUAUUAAUUUCUGCAUUACAGACUAUGCGCUCUGCUAGUUUUUUUCUCCGGGAUACGUGCCCCCGAAAACCCGGAACUGGCGAACGCGGACGCCAUAUCCGGAGUAAAAAUGUCCCCACCUCAUACUUAAGUUGGGAACUCUGCAACGCAAAUCCAGAAGCUUUGCGAGUCACGCGCAUUGCAGGUUCUUCGCAAGGACAGUUGCAUCACAAAGCCAUCUCCUCAGCCUGUUUACAUCCUUGAAAAUGCGAAAGCACAACUGAGGAUGCCCCUCUGGGGAUGGGCAUUACGAAUGUAUCGGUCAUUGCAAAUCUGCAUGAAAAGUCUGGGGUGGGGACAUUUUUACUCAGGAUGUGCCAUCGAGCCAUUGGACUGUCUGAUCGACUACGACGCGGAGAUUUGCUUUGAAUCCAAUUGUAUCAUGUGCAAAUAUGUUUGUGUCUGGACGAAAACAGGCACAUGUCAUACAGUUUCUUUCUGAAUCUGCAAACAGGUCUGGCAUGUUGCGCACAGAGAAUGACAAGUUCUGCGGAGGGUUCUCCAUUGCUAGUCUACAUAAGAAAUGCAAAUGCCCUGCCACUGAGACAAAAAUCGCAUAUAUUUUGCUGACUGUGCAUACACAGAUUUUUGCCCGUUCCGGAAUUCACAUCACAAGUGUGCAUUCGUCCAGACCCAAGCAUAUUUGCAAUGCAUAUGUUGCAACUCCGCGUUUUUUUCCAAGAGAACAUUCUCGCUGUUUUCCUCCCUGUCCUUUCUGUUCGUCUUUUUGCAUAUGCUGAGUACAAACGUCCUCGCCCCAGAAGACUUGCCAUUCAAAAUUGCAUGCUCAGAAUCAAUGUUUGUCAUGCGGCGCUCCAAAAGAUGCGCUUUCCAGUGGUGUUUGAGAAUUUGUCGUGCACGAAUCAGGAUAGCAGAGUGGAUCUGUGACGUGUCUGCACUAUCUGGGCACGACUUGUCUGCAUGCCCAAUGUUGUCAUGCGUGGGCCUCCAUCAAAGUUCUCGUUCUGGACUUGUCUUGUAGAGGUUCCAACUUGCCGUUGCCUUUGGUCGUGUGGGGGCGUUUUUACACAGGAUACUGCAGUACUUCGUUUUUGCGCAGCACGACACCAGGAUAGGUUUUGCAAAA